AUGGCUGAUCAGGACCCCGACGAGGGUAGCAAUUUCUACAACACGCCUAUCGGUGGCAGCCCCUUUCCGCUGUCGCACGUCGGCAAUUCUGUGGAGGCUGAGCGGACAUCGUCGCUACUGAAUCCCCGUCCUCAGAUACCUGGAUUAAGCCUUUGCAAGGACUCCAAUGGGCACGAUCUCCCGUCUCAUGUAGAGCAGGCACCUCCCGAGCACGGAACAUUAGCUGACUCUCUAGACCGCGUCAUUACGGCUAUAGAAGCUGCGACAAAUGGCGAUGCGAAGGGAACUACAGAAAAGACGAAUGGAGCUAAUGAUUUUGAUACGAAAAUGGGGGGAACUGACUCGCAAGACAAUGGGCCUAAGACUCUAUGUGAAGCAUCGACUAUUAUUCUACCUCCGACAAAUGAAAGUACCAUGCCCAUAAUCGAUACCAUCCAUGCCGAGGAAACCAGUGCGCCUAUAAAUGGGGAAUCGGCGCCUGAUACAAGGAUGGAAGAAAGGGAGUGGGAGACAGACUCUUCGCCAUAUGAAUCGUCAUCGGACUCAUCGUCUGACUCUUCGGAUGAUUCAAGCGAUGAGGAAGAUUACGAGCUGUUGAAUCCAGAGGAACAAGCUAGAAUCCUCCUUGCAGCAGCAGGGUCAGAUGAUGAGGAUGGCAAAGAUGAGAAAUCAGCCGCAAAGAGUGUUAGAACGGCGAACGAGAAAGCGGAAGAGGUGAUCCCGAAACCCAACAUAGUCAUUACUGCCGAUACGAAAGUUGAGAUGCUCGGUAAUGUUGAGUCAGUGGUUGAUAAUAUCGUACUCGUUAAAGCGAAUAUAUCCGGUGAAUAUCAAGUACUGGAAACUGGCUCCGUGCUCUGCUCUGCAAAUUUGGAAGUGAUUGGUGUGGUUUCCGAUACCUUUGGAAAGGUUGAACAGCCAAUGUACACCAUUCACUUUACCGAUUCAGAGGAAAUCAAAACUUCGGGCCUGGAGAAAGGCGUACCAGUGUUUUAUGUGGUAGAUCUCUCUACUUUCGUUUUCACCCAGCCACUGAAAGGCCUGAAAGGCAGCGAUGCCUCAAAUUUGCAUGAUGAGGAGAUUGGAGAAGACGAAGUUGAAUUUUCCGACGACGAAGCGGAGGCUGCCUACAAGCGUCAGCUCAAACUCAAGCGCCAGCAGAAGCGAGAAGGUCGAUCUGAGCAAUCAAAUGGAGGCAAACGUCGCGGCGGACCAGGUCCUUCAGGACUGAGGCAUACAGAGCUGAACUAUGAUGACGAGCCGCAGGAGGAUGGGUAUAAUACGUUACAACGGCCAAAAGACUUUCAUGAGCAAAUGUCUCGAGACCAACCCAGAGCACGCUUUCAUGAUCGUUCUUCCGAGCGAGGGUUCCGGGGUGGCAGAGGAAGGGGAAAGGGACGAGGUCAUGAGAGAGGUAGAGGAGGACGGGACAGUGGCCGGCAUCAGCACCACCGAGACAAUUACCACCCGCCACCUCCAUCUGAGAGAUCAACACAAAUGCCUCACCAAUUCUCAAACAGAUAUCCUGAACAAACACAGUCCUACAAUGGAAAUGCCAGUCCAAUUACUUCUGCACCACCACAAGCCUUCCCUCAGACAUAUCCCGCCUUCUCGCCGCAAGUUAACCAACCUCAGACACAGUUCCCUUUCCCAAAUUUCUCCUUUCCUCCGCAAAAUACGCUUCCGUUUCCUCCACCAGGCUCUCAUAUCAACCCAGCUUUCUUCUCGAACCUGUUGCUGCAACAACAUCAACAGCAGCCGCAAUACGCUACGCAGAAUGGGUCAUCGAUACCACCGGUAUCUCCUAUCUCUCAAAGACAGGCAGAUGCCUUUGCUGCUGCUCAAGCCCAGCUGGAUACGCUGAAGCGACUAAGUGGUGGAGGCACAUGA